AUGACCUCCUCAAGGUCCUCAGAAUCAACGCAGCUCGAAAUAGGACAAGGCGGUCCCAAAGCAGAAGUUGUCACCACCACACCAUCGAUCCACAGCAACCUCUCUAGAAAGAUUGAGGCACAAGGAGCAAGUUCUUCACACCAAAAGGAGGAGGUGAGCUCGAUCGAUAUUGAACGACAGGAACCCGUGAAGGAGCCUGGUAUUAGCAAGAAGGCCGCCAUCCUCCUAUUUGUCGGAUUGGCGAUGGCUACGUUCUUGGCCAGUUUGGAUGGAACGAUUAUUGCAACUGCCUUGCCCAGGAUUGCAUCGGAUUUCAGCGCCAACAAGGAGAUGUCCUGGGUUGCCACCGCCUACUUGCUCACCUUCAACGCGUUCCAGCCCCUCUAUGGCAAGUUUAGUGAUAUCUUUGGUCGAAAGGCAAUGAUCCUCUUCGCCUGUGUGACAUUCAUGGUCGGAUCUGCAGGAGCAGGAGGCGCCACAACCAUGACCAUGCUCAUCGUCUUCCGUGCAAUCCAAGGCCUUGGCGGAUCGGGGCUCCUCUCAAUCGUCCUCAUCAUCAUCUCAGAUAUCUUUGCCAUAGAGGAACGUGCAAAGUACCAAUCGGUCAUCUGGAGUGUCUUUGGAGUCUCGUCCGUUAUUGGUCCAUUGCUAGGAGGUGUUUUUGUUGAGCAGGCAACUUGGCGGUGGUGCUUCUUGAUCAACUUGCCCCUGGGUGUGGUUACCCUUGCGAGUGUGGUUGUCUUCUUGCGGCUGCCGUUUGAGAGACCUGAGCUCAAGGAACAGUUAGCUCGGAUCGAUUAUGCAGGAACCUUCUUUAUUAUUAUUGCCGUCAUUUGUCUGCUCUUACCCAUCACGUGGGGCGGUACGACCUAUGCUUGGGACUCUGCUCAAGUCAUCGCCCUCUUUUGUGUCGCCUUUGUCCUGAUCGCGGUCCUGAUGUAUGUCGAGUACAAGGCUGUCGAGCCCAUCAUCCCCCCACGUCUAUUCAAGAAUGCAACCGUCACCAUCAUCUUUGCAGUCAACUUCUUGACGGGCAUGGCCUUCCUUGGAGUUAUCUUUUACUCGCCCAUUUACUUCCAGGUCGUUAAGGGCGUUACUGCGACCGCGUCCGGUCUCCAUCUCUUGCCUAUGGUCCUCGGUCUUGUCUUUUCCUCCAUCGUCUCGGGAGCCUUGUUGAUCAAGGUCGGUGAUUACCGCUAUUUCGUCUGGCUGGGCACGGUCCUCAUGUCCGUCGGUUGCGGUCUCUGCAUCCUCUUCGACGCCGAGUCUGGAAUGGGUCCUCAGAUCGGUUUCCUCCUAAUUGUCGGAAUGGGUAUCGGACUCAUCCUCCAGACGUGCAUGUUGGCAGCCCAGGCAGCCGUCGAGAAGGAGGACAUGGCGGCUGUGACGGCCCUGUGCGGGUUCAUGAACUCUAUCGGCGGUGGUAUCGGUAUUGCGAUGUGCACGGCCCUGUUCAACAACCACAUCAAGGCCUUGUUUGAGAAGCUCCCGGUGGAGGUGUUGUAUGUGAUCGGGGAGUACCAUAUCGAGGAGAAGAUCACGAAUGUGCAGUUGUUACCCGAGGCGGUCAAGGUUUUGGUGAUUGGGGCUUAUGUGGACACGUUCCAGUAUAUUUUCAAGUGUAUUACUCCUGUUGCUUGUGCGGCGUUUUUGAUGAGUUUGUUUAUUCGCAAGUUGCGGAUGCUUGACCCCUCCGAGGUUAUCAUGGCCGCCUAG